AUGAGUUCGUACAUCGUGUCACUGACUGGACCGGCACCAUGGGGCUUCAGGCUGCAAGGGGGAAAGGACUUCAACAUGCCCCUCACCAUCUCCAGGAUCACCCCAGGCAGCAAGGCAGCGCAUGGGAACCUGAUCCAGGGUGACAUAAUUGUGGCGAUCGAUGGCGUGAGCACCGAAGGAAUGACUCACUUGGAGGCGCAGAAUAAAAUCAAGAUGGCCAACUUCAACUUGGCGCUCACCAUGGCUAAGUCAAAGCGUCCGGCUUCACUCACAACUGGAAGCCAAAGAAUUGACUCCCCCAUUGUGUCCAUGAUUCCCCACCAGCAGGGUCAAUCAGGCCAAGUCAAUGGCCGCCUCUUGGCCUGUAAUACCACCUCCCUGCCACUAGAGGCGGACUCUGGUUCGCCCACAAAGCGAGCGGAGGCCAGCCCGGGUCAGAGGCGGCAGUAUAACUCGCCCAUCGGGCUGUAUUCGGAGGAGAGUCUGAGGGAGGCGGCCAUGAUGCGAGCUGGCGUGCCGCUGGGUUAUCUCCCAGUUAAAGACCAUCUUGUAGACAGUGCCUCCCCAGUCUAUCAGGCUGUCCUCCAGAACACUGAGAAGGACUCGGACCUGGUGGACUGGCCCCACCGGACCCACCAGCUUCAGUCCAAAUCCUUCCAGGUCCUCGCCCAACUCACCGGAACCGAUAACUGUAAUGAAGAGGAGAAGAGGCAGGCCAAAGAGGAGGCAGAGGUGAAGAGACAGCUUUUGGUGACAUUGAUUUUAAUCUACAUUUCAUCUUUCUCCAGCCAAUAUGCUCAGCCUCCUGCUAUGUACCAGGCUCCACCCAUGGUGCAAGCCCCGCCCCCUCAGCAGUACCAACCAAACUACCAGCAGUACCAGCAAGUUCCACCCAUGCAACAGACUCCACCCAUUCAACAGAGCUCCAUCCAGAUUCCUGUUGGACCUGCCCCCCCCAAGGUGGUCAGCACCACCUGCAUCUACCCCACCCACAGCCAGCCAGGUAACUAUCCCAGCCAACCAGGAGAGCAUUCAACAGCUCUUUGUCCACCUACUGCCCCUGCCCCUCCUUCCAACAGACCCCCUUGGGUCACUGACAACACCUUUGCUGAAAAAUACGACCCCAGCAAGACCACCAGCACCACUGUGAAGAUCCAGCCCCUCCCCCAGGCCGCACCCCCACCCCCAUCCUACAUCCCAAACAUCUCCUCUGCGACUCCCCAAGCCCCAAGCCCUGCCCCCUUCAUCCCAAGCCCUGCUCCCUUCCCCCCCGUGGCGAGGGGCGUGGCCCAGAGGGCAGAGAGGUUUGCCGCAAGCAGCCGCACCCCCCUCUGUGGUUUCUGUAACAGCAUCAUCAGGGGGCCCUUCCUGGUGGCUCUGGGGCGCUCAUGGCAUCCGGAAGAGUUCAACUGCCACUACUGCCACACCUCCCUGGCUGACGUCAGCUUCGUGGAGGAGCAGAACAACGUCUACUGUGAGAACUGCUAUGGAGAAUUCUUCGCCCCAACCUGCGCACGCUGCAACACCAAGAUCAUGGGGGAAGUGAUGCAUGCACUGCGUCAGACAUGGCACACUACCUGCUUCGUGUGUGCUGCCUGUGGGAAAGCAUUCGGAAACAGUCUCUUCCACAUGGAGGACGGAGAACCCUACUGCGAGAAAGAUUACAUCGCUCUCUUCAGUACUAAGUGUCAUGGCUGUGAUUUUCCCGUCGAGGCGGGAGAUAAAUUCAUCGAGGCUCUGGGUCAUACCUGGCAUGACACCUGCUUCGUCUGCGCGGUGUGUCAUGUGAACCUGGAGGGCCAACCCUUUUACUCCAAGAAAGACAAGCCUCUAUGUAAGAAGCACGCUCAUGCCAUCAACGUUUAG